AAAGAAGAAGAAGGGAGCUCGACAAAAAAAUAACAAACCAAAAAAACUAGCACACCCACCCAACCCAGGUCCCUCUUGACUCGUACAGCGAGCGUAUCAGUCCUACUAGACUACGUUUUGAUCGAUCAAAUGUUUCGGUUCUAUAACUGAGAUUGCUCUACCCGGUCGACGGUUGUCCCAUGUAACCAAUUGCUGACCGUGAGUCACUCGAGUGGUUUGUCCGUCGAGUUUAUGGGUGCAUCCUGGAAGACAAUGUCAUUGGGGUUGUAAACUGGUAUUUUCUCUGCCGCCGCCGCCCGUAUACUAAUUGCGACGCCGAAUUCGCCGAGUCAUCCCAAGGAAACGUAUUUUGCCAUUACCAUCUCCUGACUAGGUGCUUGACGCCGUUGUUGAAAGUUGAGAAUGGCAGGUCUGCAAUGGGAGCUUCCCACAGAACUAUGCUGCCGACCGAUGGCUUUUGUAGCGCUCACUGGUUUGGACGUGGUGUAUAAUGCAGUGCACCGUGCCAUUUGGGAUGUGUUCAGCACCAACCGACGAGCAGAUAGAGUACCAAUCUCGUUCAAAAUCCUUCCUGGAGACCACGAGUAUCCCAAAUGUCGAACUAAGCGUACAUCAUACGAGUGGUACAUUCCCAAAGGAAUACUGAAAACGUCCUGGAUGAACAAGCACCUGAACGCAGUACCGGCACUGGUUGUUGUCUUCUAUGAAUUGGAUUGGGAUGACUCGCAGUGGAAGGAGAAGCAAUCUGAAUGUGCUACAAAGGUUGAGAUUGUAAGAUCCAGUCUCCAAAGCAGGAAUACAAAAGUGGCUGUUGUUCUAAUUCAAAAGAAAACGCCUCUGCCUCCAGGAGAAGACUUGGUGGCAUCUGAAAGAGCUGCAGCUAUUUGUCAUGCCUGUGAUCUUUCCGGAAAGAGUCUUUUUGUUCUGCCGCAUACUGACCACCUGGUUGGUUACAUUAUAAGGUUGGAGAAUGCCUUUUAUGAACACGCUCAGACGUACUAUUACAAUGAAAUCCGCCGAGUUAAAUCGCAUAAGGAGUUUCUAAACAAGACGACACAUCAGUUGCUCUUUGUACGACACCAGUUCAAAAUCGCUUUCUUCAGUGAGCUGAAGCAAGACACCCAGAACGCCUUAAAGCACUACAGAAGUGCCUACAGUCUUGUCCACGAGCUCAGAGCGCACGAGUCAAAUAUGUUGGAGAUCAAAACUUUGGCUGGAUUCCUUAAUUACAAGGUGUGCCGCCUGUGUUUCCAGCACAACACUCCACUUGAUGCAAUUGCCCAGUUCAGAAAGCACAUCGACCUUUGUAAGAAGAAGAUUGGUAGUGCUGAACUGGCUUUUGAACAUGCUGCAUGGAUGGCCAAACAGUUCCAGUGUUUUGGAGAGCUGUUUGAUGACGCAAUCAAAAUGGGUCUGCCCCCUAUCCAGACACAGAACCCUGGCUUCUACUACCAGCAAGCUGCCUAUUACAGCCAGGAAAGAAAAAGACUUGCGCUUCAACUCCGUCAGGUGGGGCCCGUGCAUUCUUCCUCCGACCCUUUGAGUGGAGGACUGGACUACUAUGGCCAGAGACCAUGGAGACAAGGACACCAAAGUAUCGAUCCUCCUGACUUGGACAAAGAAAAGAAGGGAAUUGUGGCAUUACAGCUUCAAGAAAGGGAUAUCCCUCAUUCAGAGCUGAUUAUAACGCUUCUCAGCAAUGCGGUUGCCCAGUUUAAGAAGUACAAAUGCCCACGAAUGAAAAGUAAUCUCAUGGUGCAAAUGGGAGAGGAGUACUACCAUGCUCAAGAUUACGCCAAAGCGCUCAAACUUUUGGACUACGUCAUGUGUGACUAUCGCACAGAGCGUUGGUGUGGAAUCCAGACGGCCAUAUUAAGCACAGCACUUCAUUGUGCCUACCUGAUGGCCAGUGUUAAAGAUUACAUCGUAUUCUCCAUGGAGUUAUUGGGCAGAGCGUCAACACUGAAGAAGGAGCAACAAUUGAGGAUUGAGCACAAUUUCAUACAAGUUCUGAAGAACAAGACACCUGAUGCUGAGCCUCAAUGUGAUCACGAUUCAGCUCAGGCAGCACAGUCACUGUGGAAUGAAUGCACGGCCUCUGCAGGCUCCAAUGAAUUCAUCAUUGAUGUGCAGGACUACAUACCUUUCAUUCAAUGUAAAGCCAAAUUCCGCUCUCCCAGUUUCCACGUGGACGAAGUGGUCCGACUGCAGGUGUUUGUGCGGGCCGACUGUCCUCAUCCCGUGUCCUUCACCAAACUGGCCGUCACCCUUAACAAUCAGGAAUACAAUCAGCGGUGUGUUCUGGAGAGCUCCAGUCAAGAGUGCAAAAGUCUUGUGCCUGGGAAAACCAAAUGCUAUAAUUUCAGCUUUGUGGCAAAAACCAAGGAUGUUGGCAAAAAAGUGGAGAUGACGGGUAUGGAGGUGAUGCUCGGCAGCGCCACCGGUCGCUCUGUGUUUCUGAGAUGGAGAGGGGCGGGAGGAGACGCAGCCACAAGCCACGACUUCUUGCCGCCGUCUAACAAAUCAUUUUGGCCUUACCAGGAGGAAGACUUGGAUUGGGAUUGCAUAAGCAUCCUACAAAGUACCAUGAUACUGUCUCGGGUUCCAAAGAUCCAUGUGGACCUGAGUCAUCAGCCUCCUGCUCUCACCAAUGAAAUGUACUGCAUUUCCUGCACUGUGCAGUCACUGGAGGAGGGCGUUGCCAAGGAUGUGAAACUAACUGCAGGACUCAAACCCGGCCAAGAUGCCAAUUUGACUCAGACUACACGUGUGACGCUUGAUAACUCCAAGGCUUGUGAUGAUAACACACCUUCUCUGCUCCCUGACAUACUUCUGGGGGAUCUGAAAGCAGGCAAAAAGCUGGACAGAUGUGUAUAUGUGUCAUCUUUGACAACUGGACCCAGGCUGUUGCUGUUCCACGUAGCUUACAGUAUUGAUGUCAUUGUGGAUGGACAACAGAUAGAGUGCAAAUGUCAGAAGGAUGUAAGCAUCACCAUCGAGACGUUUGUCCCAUUUGAAGUAUCGGCCAACUUUCUCUCCACCAAGUUUGAGCCCCUGGAGCAGGUCACAACGGACCUUCCCUUUCUGAUGUUAACAGAGAUCCGCUCGUCGUCCCCCUGGCCUCUGCUCUUGGCUUCCGCAUCCCUGCAGACUAUUGGAGUAACAAGCGCACGACACCAUAAGUUCCAGUUACAGGAUGUGAUUCUGCGGAAAGAUGAGUGCGCAAGCGAAUGUUUCUGUCUUCGGAGUCCACCGCCGGCCGACAAUAACAACACCGUGGCUACUGGACAGUACGUCAUAUCAUGGAGAAGGCAUUCCUCCAGCCCAGCGAGCCCUCUCAUCAGCACCACGGUCACUCUGCCACAUGCCUUUCUGGAGCCGCUCCCAUUUUACAUCCAUGCUGAUAUCCCUCCCUUUGGAAGAGUUCGAGAGUCCCUCCCAGUUUGCUUCCAUAUCGAGAACAGAACAGCUGUGGUACAAGACGUGCAGAUAGCUAUUGAACCAUCAGAAUCCUUCAUGUUUUCUGGAUUGAAACAGGUGCAUCUCCGUAUACUUCCUGGGUCAAAACAGCAAAUGCUAUAUAACUAUUAUCCACUGCUUGCGGGUUACCAAAUGUUACCACAACUCCGAAUCAGUGUGGCCCGCUGUACCACCAAUGCAUGCAACCUCAGACGUUUCCUCCCCCAUCGCAUCUUUGUGAAGCCACGGAGCAAAGAGGUGGACAAUGACUCCAUUGCUGCAGCUUGAGAUUUGACUUUAAUUAACAUCUAAGAAUAAAUCAUUGAGUUGGA